GGAUGCGACAACCUUCGGUAUGCUUUUAAUUUAUGUUCGUUAGUUUCAUUUUGAUAUAACCUUCAGGCACAAUUACAGUGUUUUGUAGUUUUGCUGUUGUCAGACAAAUAACUGAACGAAUAGGCUUGUGGUUUAUAGUGAAAGAAAACACGAAAUGCUUAUGAGGAUACAGAACUGUUUUACGAUUGUCGUGGCUGUUCUGUCUUGCAUCACAUUCACAUUCGGAUCACGGAGAAAUCAGUCACCAGCAUCAUGUACGACAACGGGUGUUGAAACCGACUGCAGAGAGAAGCACUUGAUGGAAGUACCAGCAACAAUUUCACAUUCUACCCAGAAAUUGUACAUGGAUGGAAACCCGUUGAAAAUUUUGAAAUCAAACAGUUUCAAUCUACUCCCAAGUUUACUUAAUUUAUCACUGAUAAAUUGCCAUCUGUCGACGCUGGAUCCCAAAAGUUUCGUAGGAUUGACGAAUCUUACAAUUUUAAAUCUGAGCAACAACAGCAUCAAAUCAUUCCCUGAUUUACUAUUUGGAGCAGAUUUAAAAAAUUUGCAAUACCUCUACCUCAAAUUCAAUUCCAUUUCACGAAUUUCACAGAAUGCAUUAGAUCAUCUGGUAAAGUUAAAAGAACUUCAUCUAGAACACAAUAAACUCACUACAAUUCACCAGCAUUCUUUCACCAAGUUGGCACAUAUAAAAUGGUUAUCUAUCGAUCAUAAUAGUCUGGUCACUGCAUACGCAUCGUGGUUCACUCCAAUCACAAAAACACUCACACAUUUAUCACUCGGACACAAUCCUUGGGUAUGUGAUUCAAAAAUGUGCGGAUACAAAAACUGGACAUCUGCAGCACACAAGAAGUUUAGUGGAGCGGUUGACAUAACUUGCAGCAAAACAAACACAUCAUUGAAAAACAUUCAUUCAAAGACUCUUUGUGCUACAAAUAAAAUUAUAGUGAUUGCAUCGAACGCGCCAAAAAUGCCUGUCAAGACAGUCGGAUUAGCUGCAACUAUUUCGCUUGAGUGCCCGGAUAAACUCUCAACGUCGUGGAAAUAUUCGUCUAAAUCAAAGAAUGGUUCCUUUGUUCCAAUCAAGCAAGACGAGAAAAUAAAAAUAGCUCCUGGAGUGCUUACUAUAACCGGUACAGCAAAGCACGACGGAGGUACAUAUUGUUGUCUCGACACAGUAGGCGACGAUCUCCAACAUACUCCAUCUGGCUCACCUCACAGCACACCACAUUGCUUCUCGCUUAAAAUCAAAUCACAGUCGUUCACAAAACCCGCAUCUCCCUCUAGUGGCGGCGGUAGUGGUGGAGCAUCAGCGGCAGUUAUCGUUAUCAUUAUUGUUAUCCUGGUCUUGGUUGUAGGUGUCUGGUAUUUCCGACGUAAAAGAAGAAAUUAUGGAUUGCUAAGUGAUGAGAGUGUUUUUCAACCGAGUUAUGACGACCCAGUUUCACAAGAAUCGUCCCAUAUAUCAGUUCACAAUGGGGGAACAGGAGAUACAACAAUGAUGGGAGAAGCCUACGUUUGAAAAUUCGGAUACCUUUUAAUAUUUUAUGCAAUGCUAUGUAUACCAACGAUAAUCACUUCAUUAUUGUAAAUCAAGAUUUUUAUUGUUGAUAUCAAAUUGACGCUUAAAUAGAACUGGAGUCAAAGCAAAGUAAGUAAAAAGUUCGCGAACAAUUAUUAACAUACUAAAAAUUAAUGUUCUAUAUGUGCCAAAUGAUGUUUACGCUUGUGGAUCUAUUGUCAGUUCUUUUUCACUUUCUAUUUACAAUACUACCUUUCAUUUAAAAAAAAGACAUUUUAUGCUUUCAUUUUUGGUACAUUAUGCUGCUCAGUAAAAAUUUCUUUUUAUUAUCAUUCAAUGUAUGAGCGUGUUUGGAAGAAAAUCCUUCUCUUUUCACUUUUUUUCUCUCCUAUUGAUAUAAAUAUACAAUAGCAUAAUCAAAAUCGCCAA